CUCACUUUGAGGCUCCUGCUAAAUCUGGCAAGAGCUGGGGUCACUUCCCAGGAGUUCACUCCCUUUGAGUGCGUCUGGCGCCUUAUUUGCAUUUGGCCGAUGCAGUAAAGAAUCUGAGGCCACACAACCCGUAAUUCAGUUGGCUAUAGUAGGAAAUUUGGUGAUGAAGUGUUAACUUAAUAGAACACCUCUUCUUCUUUCCCUCUGAAGUUGGCGUGGUUGCCUAUAAAGUUUGCUAGUAAACCUAAGAAAUACGCCUGUUUUGCAUUUGCCACCUCCGUGAUGAAAACCUCUCAACUUCAAAGGUGCCCCACCUUUGAUACCGGGUUGUGGUCCUUUGACAUAUGCGGUGCCCCACAGCACUCGGUAGCCUCUGGGCCGCAAGCCGUCUCCGCAUCUUUAGUUCACGGCUGCAGCCUUUGAAGGGUCAAGGCUCCAGUAGGGCAGGAUGAGAGCUAGGGUCCUGCCGUGUUAUCACUUGUUAUCAGACAAGUUGUUUGUGUCCUCCUUCGUGGAGAGUAGACUUUUGGGUUUGAAUCUACGUGUUGGUUAAAGGCCAGAGGUCCUGACAAUAGAGAAGUAACAGAAACACCGUGAUGUUUGCAGCUCCCCAAGAAGAUAGAACGUGUUUUCACUCCAACGUGGCAUUCAUAAUGACGUGCAGAAACAUGUAAUCUUUUUUUCUUUUUAAGGUUUUAUUUAUUUAUGAGAGACUCAGAGAGAGAGAGGUAGAGACAGGGGCAGAGACACAGGCGGAAGGAGAAGCAGGCUCCAUGCAGGGAGUCCAUGCCCGACCUGGCACUCCAGGUCCAGGACCACGCCUUGAGCCGAAGGCGGCGCUAAACCACUGAGCCACCGAGGCUGCCCCAGAAACACGUAAUCUUAUGUAAGAAGGGAGGGCCAGAGAAACCCAGGCUUUAGUGGUUCCUAACCGUAGACAGCUCAGUUGGCUCCGUCGAAGCACUGGCAGUCAGACACGUUGAGUGGAGCCACUGCGAGGACCCGGCCAGUGGGGGCCCCCGGCACCUGCCAUCACGCUCGCGUCCCGGGCAGCGCGGCCUGUUCCAGAAGCACAGGACUGCCCUGACGCUGUCAGGUUUCAGGUGGAAAGAAGGGAAGGCAGAGCUGAGAACUGGAGAGUGCUUGAAGCAGCAGACGGUCUCCUGUUGCCGUGUAUUUCUUUGUUCAGGAGCGUUGCUUUCCCAGCCCUGUGACUGGGAAUUAGCUGCGCAUCCAGCUUAGCCUUUUGAGUGUCGUAAGAUUGCGUGCCUCUGAGGCUGCAGUUCUGUGUCCUCAAUAUUAAUGACAGCAGCUGACCUUGGAGGCCUUGUGUCUGCCAGCUUCUGUGUGAGCACCUCGUGGGGAAGGUUCAUGGACGCGUUGCAGCUGCACUGUGAGGCUACUCUGACCUACGACACUCUUCGAUUUGCUGAAUUUGAAGAUUUCCCGGAGACCUCAGAGCCUGUGUGGAUACUGGGUAGAAAAUACAGCAUUUUCACAGAAAAGGAUGAGAUCUUGUCCGACGUGGCGUCCAGGCUUUGGUUUACAUACAGGAAAAACUUCCCAGCCAUCGGGGGAACCGGCCCCACCUCGGACACGGGCUGGGGCUGCAUGCUGCGGUGCGGACAGAUGAUCUUCGCCCAGGCCCUGGUGUGCCGCCACUUAGGCCGCGAUUGGAGGUGGACACAGCGGAAGAGGCAGCCGGAUAGCUACUUCAACGUCCUCAACGCGUUUAUCGACAGAAAGGACAGUUACUACUCCAUUCACCAGAUAGCGCAAAUGGGAGUUGGCGAGGGCAAGUCCAUCGGCCAGUGGUACGGGCCCAACACCGUCGCCCAGGUGCUCAAGAAACUGGCUGUCUUCGACACCUGGAGCGCCCUGGCGGUCCACAUAGCCAUGGACAACACGGUGGUGAUGGAGGACAUUAGGGGACGGCCCAGGGCAGGGGGAGCCUUGCUGGUUGAGAUGUGCCCGCCCUCCUUGGGGGGCCACGUGGGACCGCAGAGCAGCCUCCGCCAGCGCCUGCCCUGGAUGGGUUUAGACUUUGGAAGGUUGUGCAGGGGCAGCCUUCCGUGUGCAGGGGCCGCCGCGCUUCCUGCGGAUUCCAGCCGCCACUGUAACGGGUUCCCUGCUGGGGCUGAGGUCACCAACAGGCCGGCCCCGUGGAGACCCCUGGUGCUGCUCAUCCCCCUGCGCCUGGGGCUCACGGACAUCAACGAGGCCUACGUGGAGACCCUGAAGCGCUGCUUCAUGAUGCCCCAGUCCCUGGGAGUGAUCGGAGGGAAACCCAACAGCGCCCACUACUUCAUCGGCUACGUUGGUGAAGAGCUCAUCUACCUGGAUCCCCACACGACGCAGCCGGCGGUGGAGUUUACCGACAGCUGCUUCAUCCCCGACGAGAGCUUCCACUGCCAGCACCCGCCCAGCAGGAUGAGCAUCGGGGAGCUCGACCCGUCCAUUGCCGUGGGGUUCUUCUGUAAGACCGAGGACGACUUCGAUGACUGGUGCCAACAAGUCAGGCAGCUAUCGCUGCUCGGAGGCGCCCUGCCCAUGUUCGAGCUGGUGGAGCAGCAGCCGUCCCACCUGGCCUGCCCCGACGUCCUGAACCUGUCCCUAGAUUCUUCUGACGUAGAGCGCCUGGAAAGAUUCUUUGAUUCAGAAGAUGAAGACUUUGAAAUCUUGUCUCUUUGAAAACCCUGGAGUUGGGGGACGGUGUCCCCCAGCCCUCCCUGGGGGCCGUCGAGAGCCCGGCCCUGCCUCGGGGCGCUUGGCGCCGCUGCAUUUCAUCCAUCCAGCCUGCCCGUCCGCUGAACGCCCGUGCCCCGUGCCGCCUCUGCCCUUGGACGGAGGACUGCCCUGUUCCGGGGGCCCUGCUGCCAGCCCCGGGACUGCGCAGGCCCAGAGGGCCCGGCUGGGGCGCCGCCGAGGAGCCGCCGCAGGACGCCCCGCGCAGCCGGGCCGGGAGCUGCUGAGAGCGGAGCCUUCACACCCGCGAGCGCUCGCCCUGCCACACUGCCAGCCCCGCAUUAGCGCGCCGCCUCUGCCCUGCUUCCUCCUGGGCGCUCGGUUCUGGGUUUGCUUUGGAAUUAAAGUCCUGUUUGAAGUUACAA